AGCCGGGGCCGCCCGAGCGGGCCGGCCGUGCCGCCGAGUGAGGCGGGAGCCCGGGGCCGCGGGCAGCGGCGCUGGAGGGCCGGAAGUGCCAACUUUAUAUGGCUCACAUGCAUGCUGACAACAUGCACCACCAGUGGCUGCUGCUAGCUGCAUGCUUUUGGGUGAUAUUCAUGUUCAUGGUUGCUAGCAAGUUUAUCACAUUGACUUUUAAAGACCCAGAUGGCUAUGGUGCCAAGCAAGAGCCAUUGAUUCUGACAGCUGUGACAAAAGUGGAGGAGGUACAUGUGCCAGAGGAAAAACAUUGGCCUGAAGAAUUCCAGCCAACUGGAAAAGCAUUUUCAGGAAAUCUGAUCCGCCAACCUCUGGUUCAUAUGGAAAGACUUGAGCUUCUCAGGAAUGUCUGCAGAGACACUGCCUUGAGAGAUCUCUCUCAUACUGCAGUUUCCAAAUUCGUCUUGGACCGAAUAUUUGUGUGUGACAAGCACAAGAUCCUGUUUUGUCAGACGCCAAAAGUGGGCAACACUCAGUGGAAAAAAGUCUUGAUCGUUUUAAACGGAGCAUUUUCUUCCAUAGAAGAGAUCCCAGAAAACAUUGUACAUGAUCAUGAGAAGAAUGGCCUUCCACGCUUGUCCUCUUUCAGUGACUCUGAAAUUAAAAAACGACUGAAUUUAUACUUCAAGUUUUUUAUUGUUAGAGAUCCAUUUGAAAGACUUAUUUCUGCGUUUAAGGACAAGUUUGUGCACAAUCCUCGGUUUGAACCUUGGUACCGGCAUGAAAUAGCUCCCGGCAUCAUCCGUAAGUACAGGAAGAACCGCACAGAGACCAAAGGGCUGCAGUUUGAGGAUUUUGUGCGCUACCUGGGGGACCCCAAUCACCGAUGGCUGGAUCUUCAGUUUGGUGACCACAUCAUUCACUGGGUGACAUAUGUGGAACUUUGUGCUCCCUGUGAAAUCACAUACAGUGUGAUCGGACACCACGAGACCCUGGAGGACGAUGCUCCGUAUAUCUUGAAAGCAGCUGGCAUAGACCACUUGGUAUCGUACCCCACAAUCCCCCCAGGCAUAACAGUGUACAACAGAACAAAAGUAGAGAGGUAUUUUUCAGGAAUUAGCAAGAGAGACAUAAGACGCCUCUAUGCACGAUUUGAAGGUGAUUUUAAACUCUUCGGUUAUCGUGAGCCUGAUUUCUUGCUUAACUGACACCUGGGAUAAGAUCUGAAAAAGUGUCUCAUGGAUUAAUCUAAUCCUGUGUGAAUACCAGCUGCAACACUGGCAGAGCUGAGAAUGACCAUUUGUUUUCUAGCUUUUUGAUGUUGCUCCAUUUUUCAGUGAAAUAUUUGUCAUAUGAACAACUAGGGGCUUACAGUUGUUGUUUCCUGACCACGUUUUCAGUACAUUAUUGCAAUCUGUUAGGAAUUAUGUCUCUGUUAUCUAAAAUACAGAAUUUGUCUUCUCCCCUCUUCCCUCCAGGAAAAAGGAGGAAGAAGAAAUGGGCUAUGAUCUUCCUCUCCUCCCAGACAGAAUGCCAGUUUUGAAAUGUUAAGUAUUUGUAAAGGUGACAAUUUCACUGUAGGUUAACCCUGACAUGAGGGUAAACAUAAUGAUUCCUGCUCAUGAGAAAGUCAUGUAGUCUCCCAUGAGCUUUGUAAAUGAGAGGCCAGUACAAGACUAGAAAUUAAUUAAAUGCUUGACAAAUAUAACCAUCUAGGUUCUGUCAUGUGGCUGCUACAAUAACGCUGAUCUAAUCCCAUUCUUGUUUGUCAAAAAAUGAACCUAAUUAGACAGAAGCUUUUAGGGAUGUACAAAAAUGAACUGGUUCCACAUCCCAAUUGUCUCUGUAUUUUUGUCAAGUGUUUACUGUAUUUACUACUGGUGUAUUGAGCCUCAUAAUUCUACUUUUGAUUUUCAAGAGAUUAUUUAACUCCUGGCUGUGUAAGUUAUAUGAGAACACCAGCUGCAAGUGGAGCAUAGAAGAAAUAUGAAACUCUUAAGGAAACUGUUAAGGAAAAUUAAUUUAAGUAUCAGUUGUAUUUGUGGGAGCACAUACAAUAAUCACAAGAUGCUCUCACACAAUUUAACUUGUCUUUUCUUCUAACAGUCAAGAUUAAUAAAGAAGUUACAAAAGCAAGAUGUCAUAUUAAAGACCUGCUUACUUGGAUUAAAGUUCCACCUUUUUCUUAUAUCCAGCCUUGCUCAGUUCAGUACCUCAGAGAACAGAAAGUUUAUCCCUUCUGAAAAUUCAUCUCCCUUCUGCUAAAGGAGAGAAGGAGACAAGAUGAAUCCCUGAUUUUUCCAGUGAUUCACUGCCAUGGUGUCCCAAGUCAGAAACUACUUACAUUUAUGUUACUGAUGUGGUAAAUUUAGCUAUUUACCAAAAGUUUAAAUCUUGCCUAAAUUUGUGUACCCAUUUUAUGCAUUAAAAAAAAGAACUGAAUUGAGUGAAUGCAGCCAUCAUAUUUGCUCGUGCUUGUAUUUUGUCUUAUAAAGAGCAGUCUUUUGUCUGAGUUCACCAGCAAUAAAAAUCAGUGUGCUGCCAGAAGAGAGAUAGACCAAAUACCUGAAAUACAGGAAUUGCUCUGUCACAGUGAGCAUGUGAACUGUAUUUUUUAAAUCAUUGUCCCAAAAUAUUUAUUUUCAGAUCAGCAUAAUGUUGCUGGCUAGGAAUGCUAAUGAUGGCCAGUGCUAUGGAAUCUCUUUUUAAAUCCAGCCACUGUAUGUUUUUGAUAGCUUUCUGUAUUAACACAAGGAAGCAUCUUGCACUUGUGUAAAAGAAAAGCUGUGCCAAGCUGACGUGCUGUUACCCACAAACAGGAAGCCCUGUUGUAGGUGAAAAUUAUUUCAGAAAGAUCUCAACAGAUGACCUGAAAUAAAGAAGAAUAAUCGUUCACUGGGCAUUGUUAGCAAGAGAAUAAUCCAGGGUGGCAAAGUUGGAAGGUAGAAUAUUUUUUCAGGUUGGUUUUUUUAACAAUUACGGUGCCCUAACUUGUUAGUUCUUAACCAAUGAUAAAAAGAUGUUAACAGCUCCAAGUUUUUCUGUAAUUUUCUUCAUAUGGAAACUUAGCAAAAUGCACUGAUACAUGCAUUUUGGAGCUAAUAACCUGAUGGAUUACCUUGCUGCCAAUUUGAAAUGUAACAGUGAAUAAUGUAUAGUAAAUUCAGGCCUUAAAGUUUAAUAAAGUAGAAUUGUUUUCCUCUGAAAGUAUAAGCUGCUGAUCCCACAGAGAGCCAAUGUAUGUUUUUCUUGGUAAAUUACUUAAUGUAUUGCUUACUUAAAAAUUGCCAGAUGAAAAGUGCUACAUAAAUAUUAAGUAAUAAUAUUUUUUUUCUGAUAGCUUUCUCUGCAUUGAGUUCUGAGCUCUGAACAGGACUAUGGACUGACCUAGGCUGAGGUGUAUAAUCCUCUGCCAUCUCUGCGUUCCCAUCUUUUCAGGCUGGAACUGGAAUGCAGGUUAUCAUUUCUUCAAUUCAAAUGUGAAGUUUCUCCAUUCAGUUAUAUGUUCCUGAACUAUAUUUUCUUUCUAGAAGCAUGGGUUUGUUUUUUUCCUUACAGAGCUGAAGUAACAACGGUGCAAUUUUGGCACAUCUUUUGAGGAAACUUGUAUACCAUGAUGGUCCUUGACAGAUGUAGUAGGACUCUUAAAAUUGGUGCAGUGCAGGCAGGACAGAGUGUGCUCUGUUAGGGAGGAGGCUUUUGCCACGCCACUUAUAAUAAAUUAAAUGCUUGUGGUUUGUUUCAGCUUGAUUGUACUCUGCACUCUACAUUUUACAAAUGUAGUCUCAGUGGCACACACAAAUAUCAUUUGGCUGUUCAGAUGUUAUUUGCAUACCACUUUCAAACUGCAGAUGAUAUUUAUGUCAUAUUUUUGGAACUGCUGGCCUAGAUUAUUCUUUCUCCUUUCUUAUUACUGUUACAGCUUCAGAAAACAAAUUCACACCCUUA